AUGAAAAAAGGGUUGGAAGUGCCAAAAUACUUGACCGUAACCGAGCUGAGAGCAGCAGAGAUGGCAGUGUUAAGGCAAGUUCAAAAAGAAGUGUUCACAAAAGAGAUAUUGGAGUUGGAAGCAGGUAAAGGUUUAGCAAGGAACAGCAAGUUAAAGGGACUGUCACUGUAUUUGCAUGAUGGCUUGAUAUUAGUUGGUGGACGUCUACGACAUGCCCAAAUUCCUCAACGCCAAAAGCAUCCAAUAGUUUUACCAGCUAGUCAUCGAAUAACAAGGCUGAUCUUCGAACAUAGACAUCGGGAGUUACUCCAUUGUGGGCCACAGGCACUGUUGGCGGACAUUAGACGUGUUUACUGGCCAAUAAAAGGACGAAUUACGGCACGAUCGGCCAUAUUGAGAUGCGUAAGAUGUGCGAAAGCAAAGCCACAAUUCACGCAGCCGCUGAUGGGGCAACAACCACGUCAAAGAGUCGAAAUCUCACGCCCAUUUGCUGUAACAGGUGUAGACUUUGCAGGGCCACUUAUUAUUCGGAGUGGAUUGCGUCGAAUAUCCGGAAUAAAGGCCUGGAUAUCACUCUUUGUGUGCUUUUCCACAAGGGCUGUGCAUCUUGAAGUAGUAAAAGGUCUGGACAGUGCUGCGUUUGUAGCAGCGCUUCGGCGUUUUAUGACACGUAGAGGACGCUGCGUCAAAAUAUACAGUGACAAUGGAACCAAUUUCAUAGGUGCCCAGAAAGAGCUCAACACUUCGAUCAAUCAAAGUAUACCAAUGUUAGCCAAAGAAGGUAUUGAGUGGCAUUUCAAUCCACCGUCUGCUCCUAAUUUUGGUGGUUUAUGGGAAAGUGCGGUAAAAAGCACUAAACACCACUUAACGCGCAUGCUCGGCGAAACCAAGCUCAUUUUAGGGAAACUUAACACAUUACUGUGCCAAGUCGAGGCAUGUUUAAACUCACGACCACUUACACCAAUGAGCCAUGACCCUUCAGAACUAGAAGCACUGACACCAGCCCAUUUUCUAAUUGGGGGGCCCAUAACGUUAAUGCCUGAAGUGGAUUUGACGCAGGAAACUCCAGGGGGUAUGCGAAGAUAG